UCCACCUCUAUCACCUCUAAAACGGCCACCUCCAACUCUACCAUUAGCAUCACCAUCGCCACCACCGCCGCUUUUGCCACAUCAUGUCAUCGUAAUAACUGCUUUCACUAUAUUACUGGUUCCCUUGCCACCAUUAUAUUGCCAAUGACAUAGCCUCUAUCACAAUGUCACUACAAUUUGUGCUGCCUUCGCUAAAUUGCCCGUCCCCCUACCAAUGCCACUGAUCUCAUGAUGUGAAAAAGAGAGAGAGAAGGUUAGGUGCGAAAGAGGGGGAAAUGCCACUGAUCUCAUGAUGUGGUAAAAGCAUGUAGUCAUUAGCUGAAUAAACAAUCCAUACUACUUUACGCAAAGUACAGCCAUUCAGUGAUUAGAUUCUGGCUCCUACCUUCUGGUCGUAUAGGGUGCAUUUGGCUCUUGAAUUUCUUUCCACCAUGACCGCAUCUUACUUGUACUUUCUUACAGUAUCAAUUGCACAUAUCCAAAGUGUAAUAACAACAUGAUACAUCGAAAUGAAUCUCUAUGUCAAGCGCAGUGUUAAUGGAACUGCAUCUAUCUAAACCUCAGAUACUCUUGCAAUUUUUUCUUUAAUGCAUUGGCUACCUUUGCAUUGCAGUAUUCGUCUACUUUUUUUUCCUGAAAAUUAUGCAUCUGAGAUUAUUGAAUAUGGAUUUUGAAGGUGUUCGAUAUAUAUCUUUAAAUUGUAAACAAAAAUUAUGUGCAAAGCAAAGACUGGCUUUUGUGUUUCAAUUGAUAGAUUUGAAAAACUUGUUUCUCACUUUUUUUUUUACAAUAUUCUCACACAUUUAAACAAAAUUUUCUUUUCUUCUCUGUUUCUCUAAAUCUCCUUGCGACCAAGCAAGAGGGGGCAAUCCUUAGUAUUCCAAAUCAAUAAUUGAGAAAUCCGUGGACGCUUGGAAUGAAACGUAGUGCAUCGCUCUUUCCGGCAACGCCCCUGCCCACCCUAAAAUGGCGUUCCGGAACCGGCGUUGCACAAACUAGAGUGUAUAUAAAACUUUUCACGGCCCGAAGAUUUCCUCGCAAUAACCCGCCUUCCAUCCUUUCCGACGCCUUCCGGCAAUGGAAAGGAGGCAGGCGGGAGGGGCGGCUUCCGGCUCCCUUCCACUCACAGCAACAUUCUUACCCCACUCCGCCGCCAUCCUCCUCCUCCUCCGGCGACGCCCCAUGCAGCGUCUUCCCUUGUGGAUAGGGUUUCUGGAGGGCCCUGUCUUCAUUUUGAUCACCAAAACCCUCCGAUUUUCCCUCCUGCUCCACCUCCCAUGGAUUGUGGAAGGUGGAGCAGCUUUGAGGGGAUCUCCAUGGGUUCCAAGCUUGGAAGUUGCUCCGAGUUAUCGAGGAGCACAUGGAUAUGGACAAGAUGGUGCCAUAUGGUACCGUAGAUGUGCAAGUACUUUAUCUUUCUAUUUUUGCAAGAAAUUACUUCCCAGCGAGAGUUUCCACAGACGAAUAAGUCCAGUGAGCAUGAAUUGCAGCAGAAUUCAGUCUGUCUUCUUAAAUGUUCAUAAGGGGCAACAUGAAGUGGGAGCAGUCAAGGGUCAUGAUUUUGUAGAGACUUGGGAGAAUGAUUUUGUUAAAAGAACAAGUGAAAAUUAUUCUGGUGCAGGAACAACAAAAAGAAAAGAACUUCAUGGGAUGACCACUCUUCGGGCAUUAUCAGGAACUUGGGCGUCUCAAGCCAAUGAUGUCAUCCUAAAUACAUAUGAAAUAAAGUUUAUUUGCAAUGUAGACAGUGGUAACUACUCUCCAUUUGUUCUCUUAACCGAGGCAAGACUAGAUGACGAUGUAGCAAAUGCAGAAAUAGAACUUCACUUGCAUUUGAACAAGAUGGUCAGAUCUUCUGUUUCCCCAUGUGGGCAAAUCGAGUUAAAUGCCAGCCAGGUGGCAAAAUCAAAAUUGUUCCAUGAAUUCUUUUUCAAUGGAUUGUUUGGGAAGUUAUUUUCCCAUACUAAAACACCAAGAGAAUUUUUGCUUGAAGAUGAAAAACAAUUUCCAUGGAGCUCUUCAUACAUGUACAUGCUUCUACCCAUGGAGUCUCCUGUUCCAACAAGUACUGGCAUUAUGAAAAUUAACUGGAAGGAAAUUGAUGCAUGUAUUUCUGUGGUUGAGUUUCUAAGAAAUAUAUAUUCAAUAAAUUGUCAUAGAAGUUCAUUAACUUGUAGUAUGAGCUCAUAUGCAACAAAAUGUGAGGGGACAAAUAUUAUUCACAUGGCUAAUGAAGCAGUUUACACUCAAUAUAUUAAAGGUAUGGUGGUUCUGGCAGUUCAUACAGGGAGGAUCUACACUGUCCUUGACAUAAUGAACAAUAUGUGCGCGGAUAGUCCAUUUGAUGACCCUGGUAAACGGUCAAAAUUCAAUUCAUUUUCACACUAUUACCAUCAGAAGUACAACAUUGUGCUUCAGCAUCCAGGACAGCCCUUGUUAUUAGUGAAGCAAAGUCACUAUCCUUACAAUCUGCUGGUUCCAAGUACCAAGUAUAAAGUUGCAGAUGGUUACUUCGGUUCAAGUGAGAAAUCAAACAUUCUUGUGCAUAUUCCUCCUGAGCUGUUGGUCCAUCUUAAUGUAUCAAGCGAUACUUUGAGGUCUUCAUACUUACUCCCUUCAGUAAUGCAUCGAUUGGAGUCGAUGAUGUUGGCCUGCCAACUACAACAAGAAACAUGUUGCAUUUACAGCGGCCAUAGUAUAUCGAGUUCAUUGAUUCUGGAAGCAAUAACAACAUCAAGAUGCUCUGACAACUUUUCUAUGGAACGUCUGGAAUUGUUGGGAGAUUCAGUGUUAAAGUACAUUGUGAGUUGUCUUCUUUUUCUGAAGUAUCCUAUGAAGAGUGAAGGACAAUUAUCUGAGUACAGAUCUUGGAUAGUUUCUAACUCGACACUUCACAAGCUAGGUACCCAUCGCUACCUGCAGGGUUAUAUUCAAGAUUGCCCAUUUGAUCCACGACGUUGGGUUGCUCCUGGACAAAUCUCUUUGCGCCCCUUGCCUUGCACGUGUGGUGUAGACACUUCUGAAGUGCCUCUUGAAAAAGAAUAUUGGUCUGAGGAAGCAUCUACAGUGGUUGGGAAGGCUUGUGAUAAGGGUCAUAGAUGGAUAUGCUCAAAAACUAUUGCAGACUGCGUUGAAGCACUGAUAGGUGCAUAUUAUGUUGGUGGUGGUUUACGUGCUGCCCUUUCAUUGCUAAGGUGGUUGGGCAUGGAUGUCUCUCCUGAGCCAGUAAUGAUUGAGGAAGCGAAAAUGAACUCAUCUAUCUGGUUGCAUCAUCUUAGAGGCAAUGAGAUUGAUUGGUUGGAAUCAAAACUUGAUUAUAGGUUUUCAAAUAAGGGUUUAUUAUUGGAAGCCAUCACGCAUCCAUCUCAUCAAGGUGUAGGAAAUAAAUGCUGUUAUCAGCGGCUUGAAUUUCUGGGAGACUCUGUGCUGGGCCUGCUCAUAACUUGGUAUCUCUUUCAGACUCAUGUGGAUCUUGAUCCAGGGGAACUGUCUGAUUUGCGUUCAGCAUUAAUUAGUAACGAAAAUUUUGCUCAAGCUACAGUGAGACACAACUUUGAAAAACAUCUUCGGCAUUCUUCUGAAGGGCUUUCAAAGAAAUUAAGAGAAUAUCGUAAAGACGUAUCAGAAUUUCAAGGCACAGGUGACUCAAUGACAUCUUUUGCCAUGCCUAAAGCGCCAAAGGCUCUUGGAGAUCUGUUGGAAAGUAUUGCAGGAGCGGUCCUGAUUGAUACAGAUCUCAACCUAGAUAGAGUCUGGGAGGUUUUCAAACCACUACUUUCUCCCAUGGUUACACCUGACAAGCUCGAAUUACCUCCUCUACAUGAGUUAGCUAAGUUAUGUAACCGUAUGGGUUAUCCUCUAUAUACACAAGUGACCUACAGAGGAGAGCAGGUUGUUGCUGAACUUAGUAUACAACUUGAGGAAGAUCUAUUGGUAAGACAUGGCUGUAACCUGCAGAGGAAGACUGCGAAGGAUCAAGCAGCUCUCCAGCUGUUAAAGGAUCUCGAGACGAGAGGAAUUUCACAUGCUCAAUAUUUAUCCCAAAGGAGGCAACAAGAUGAUAACUUCUGUUCAGCUUCAAGUGUCAAAAUCUGUGUGCCUCCCAAAGACAUGCAAAUUGUUAGAACCAACUUACAAAAUGUGCCUGAGUGCUUGCUGUCUUUGGAACCAUCGCCAGGUUCUUUUUUGGAGGAAAGUUGUCAAUUAAAUGAUCUUGUCAAGGAAAUCAGUACUUCCAAGCUGAAUGAGCCAGAUGUUCCAGUUUUUUCAUUGAAGAAGGAAAAAGGAGGACCAAGGAAUGCUCUAUUUGAGCUCUGUGCAAUAUCAAAGUGGCCAAUGCCUAAAUUUGAAUCAACAGAACAAAAGUUCAGAACGCCAAUUGUAUUGGAUGGGGUAACAGGAUUCAAUAGUUACACAUCAAGCAUCACAUUGCAUAUACCCAAUUCUGGAGCUAUAAAUCUGGUGGGUGAGCCACGAACAGAUAAGAAGAGCUCACGGGACGCAGUGGCAUUUGCCAUGCUUGUUGAGCUACAGAAACAGGGUAGAUGCAUCAUCAAAGAGCCACGAUUAACAUACAAAGUCUAAGAUAGAAGAAGCCAAUUUGGAGGGGUAUUCCAAGUUCAACAUGCUUUCCUUCAGAUGGAGCAGAUAGGAAAGACUUUCAGGAUGAGCUUUUGUUAUUGUUGAAGAUCAGGCAAUUGUGAUUUGUUUGGAUCCUCAUGUCUUUAUUAUUAUUAUUAUUAUUAUUUUUAUUUUUAAGUGCAGCGGCCGGGGGUAGAUGUAUAUUCAGCUACAGCAUUAUAGCGAAUUUUUUUCCUCUGUUGGCAAGUCCUUGGUUUAUACAAUCAAACCUGGUUAAUAAUUCAUGUUGAGCUUAUAUUUCAAAA